AUGAAAGCAGAAGAGGAGUCCGCAAUCUCACCAUCAGGAUCAUCCUUGCCGCCCUUGGAAGACAUGUCGUAUGUCCCCAGAAUUCAUGCUGACGGAUCCCAAAGGGAUCCUGAAAUGCAACAAUACCAGGCGUAUCAGGUUGAUCAGAGGGAACUGAACAUAGACCAAAGGUCUAUCCACUUCCAGCACAACAUUUUCAACCCUGACCCUUCAGUUGUCGGGCACUUAGCAGCAACGGCGGCGACCUCAGAAGUCAGAGCUGAAGCUACUCACGCUGUUUCGGCCGUCGUGACCGAAGCAACAAGUGCAGUUGCAGCUGCAAGAGCCCAAACUUCGGAGGCAGUUGUUCGGGCAGAAGCUACUCAAGCUGUUGCUCAGGAAGCAGGUCAGGACGUGGAAGGGAAAACAUUAAGGACCAAGGACUUGCACCACUUGAAGCUCCCACCAAUCCCAGAGUCAGCUGCCAACUACAGAGCUUGGCGAAAUGCUGUCCGCACGGCUUUGCUUGCCUUCGAUCGAAGCACAGAGGGCCUCUUGGGACCUUGGCUUUCAAGAGCCUUCACGGCUCGGGGGGCAGAGUCGGCGGAGUUGAGUCGGGACAGUGGUGAUUUCCCUAGGCGUGUGAUUGACCGGUACCAGGAACUUCCAGCCAUGCGCACUUUUGAUUUCCUUUGGGAGGGUGUUGUCACGGCAUUACGGGAAUCCCAACACGAUACAAACGCACAAAGCAUCAGGGAUGAUCUCAGGAAGGGCCCUCAACCGUCAAAGAAAACCAAUCCGGACACCAAGGCAGCGGUUGCCCCAAAGGGUGCUGAAAAAGGGAAAGGGGACAAGAAGUCAACUGACAAGGCAAAGCCAGAUCCCAAGGCCAAAGGCCAAGACAAACAGAAGGGAAAGGGAAAGGGCACCACUUCAGCUGCAGCAGCAUCCACAGCCACGCCAAAGGCACCUGCCGCCCAGCCAAAGGCCAAGGCAGUUGCGGCUAUGGUUGCUUAUCUUUGUGGCCUUGGCCCAGUGAUGGGCAUGACAACAGCAGUGGAGUCCGACUUUUCCGGCUACUUGGAUUUCAUUGGAGAUACAGGGGCGCCCCACAGGCGCAGGGCCAAUGAGCGAGCCCAUCUUCGCGACAUCAGGGACAUCGAAGAGCCUACAGCACCUCUGGAGCGAAUAGCAUGUGACCAUGUCAUCUCCAGAACCAGUAUCGGGAUUGGUUUGUACCGCGCCUGGCCAGUUGACCAAUUCAAAGAAGGGGUCUUGCGUGAACGCGUGGUCCGCGCGUUGGCUAUUCCACCUGCCACCUGGGCCUUGGCAGAUGCUGACAAAGACAGGGAACAAUUUCUGGAGGACAUUGCUCGCCACGCAAGGGGCGGGGAAACCAGCCUUGCUGACACAGCAGGUGGUGAACCGCCAAAAUCACAUGAAAAGCACGAAGCCAGCCUUGCUGAAACAGCAGGUGGUUCGAAAGAAAAACACAACUCUAAACGAAACCGAAGUAUCACUUUGAUCCGAAUCGGUAUUCAUGGGCCAACCAAGGGUUGCCACGCCUUUGAAUCAGGGGGGUACCAACACAUCAAAGACUGUAGAGACCGGUUUAACAGACUCAUUGAUGAAACUGAACCGGCUGAACCCAAGAAAUCCCCGCCUGAUGAACCCAAAGAAUUCGAUGAACCUGGAGAUGACGAAUAUGAGCCAUCCAUCGCAGGUGAUGAUCUUGAAGACUCUAAGGACAUCAUGGGACUCAUCAAUGUUGCCAAAGGUCCAUCGUUCGAGGUGCAAACUCGAGGUUUGGAGCGGGGCAACGAGGUCGUCGCAGGAAUCCUCAUCGACUCCCUGGACCGAGGUGAUCAUAAUGAAGAGUCUUUGGCCUUAAAGCUCCAGACCGCGUCAAUCAUGAACCAUGUUCCCCAAAUGCCGACCGUGAAAGGAACCAUUGCCCACGAGGAACAAGGCAUGUGGCUUGCGCGUGAAGUUCUGGCGCUUGUCAACCGCCCCCUCUCCAGGGAGGAGAUUCUGCGGAACCCGAAAGCCAAGGAAGUCCUCAUGAAGGAGGCCAACGAGAUGCGUUCCAUGAAAGGGUAUGAAUCUCAGGGACAGUUGGCUGGACAUGCAGCGUCGCUACUCAUGAAAUUGCUGUGGCUGUCACGGCUUUCCAGGCCGGACCUGUCCUUUGCUAUUACCAGCUUAGGGUUUACUGUGACGCGGACCUUGCAGGAGACCCUCUCACAUGCAAGAGCCACACUGGCAUUCUUGUUGUGCUUGACUUCCAAGGUGAAGCGACAUUCCCGGUGA